GUCGAACAUAUACCUGGGCAGCACAUCCAACAUGGCGGAGAAAGAAGUCCCCCUCACGGCCGUCAAGGUCGAUGCCUUGGUGGUCAUGAAGAUCAUCAAGCACUCCUCUCAAUCUUUCCCGACGACUGCGACCGGUUCGAUCGUCGGUAUGGACGUGGACGGUACCCUGGAGAUCACGAACUCUUUUCCAUUCCCGGUCGUUGAGAUGCCCGCCGACUCGCACUUCGACAACGCUGCCCCUAACCCGGCUGCUGCUGCCCCUCGUGCGAAGGCCAACGUGGCUUACCAGGCUGAGAUGAUCCGCAUGCUUCGGGAGGUCAACGUCGAUGCGAACAACGUCGGUUGGUACACCAGCGCCAACAUGGGUAACUUCGUCAACAUGAACGUGAUCGAGAACCAGUUCUUUUACCAGAAGGAGAUGAACGAGCGGACAGUUGCUCUUGUGCACGAUGUCAGCCGCAGUGCCCAGGGAAGCCUUAGCCUGCGUGCCUUCCGCCUAUCUUCGAAGUUCAUGACUGCUUUCAAGGAGAACAAGUUCACCUCAGAAGAGCUUCAAAAGUCCACUUUGAGACACCAAGACAUCUUCGUUGAGCUUCCAGUUGAAAUCCGCAACUCUCACUUGAUCACCUCUUUCAUCCACCAGCUCCAGUGCCCUACCCAGUCUACUCCUACCGACCUUCCCCCCUCUUUGGCUGCUCUGGAGAAGGGUCCCUUCGCCAAUGACAACGUUCUGGCCCCCAACUACGACAACUUGUCUCUCAGCAUCGACCCCUUCCUCGAGAAGAACUGCGACCUUCUCCUGGAGAGCAUCGAGACCCACCACACCGAGACCAACAACUUCCAGUACUACCAGCGUUCGCUCGCUCGUGAGCAGGCCAAGAUCACCGCCUGGCAAGCCAAGCGCAAGGCCGAGAACGCCAGCCGUGCGGCCCUCAAGCAGCCUCUCCUGCCCGAGGAUGAGUAUCAGCGCCUGUUCAAGCUUCCCCAGGAGCCCAGCCGCCUCGAGACCAUGCUCAACACCCGGCAAGUGGAGCAGUACUCGCGCCAGAUCGACAGCUUCGUUUCGGCGACGACGGGUAAGAUGUUUGCGGUUAAGGGUAACCUGCUGCCCGGAGAGACCGCCAAAUAGAGGAGAGGAGGUAAACUGAUGAUGAUUUGUCUCAACUGGGGAUUCUGGGAAUUGCAUGCAUGACCUUACGGCGUAGGGAGGGAAAAUUCUGUAUCUGACUGUUAAUAUGUCUGUUUGUUUAUUCCAGUGACGAAUAGAGUUACGGGAUAUGACUGUCUUGCUUCCUACCUACCUCACCCAUUUCCAACCCUUCGUAUCCAUUUAUCCUGCGCAAGCCCUCUCUUACAUCAACUGAUGAAUGGGAUGGGGUAUGCCCUAAUCUUGCUAGGGCAUGUCUACCACACGUGAUGCUGAUAAGUACAAUGACCUCAUCAUGGCAUCGAUAACCGAUUAGAUAAGAUCCUGUUAUCGUGAAGAUCCAAAGUCGAUAUCUUUUCAUUUCUGCAGUUCUUCCACUAGUUGUUUAUAGAUAUUUCUUCAAAUUCAAUAUACAUACCCUUAGU